AUGCUCAUCAAGGGCAAGAAGGACGUUUGCCUCGUUUCCAACGCCAUAAAGAGCGAGACAGUGACGAAGACCAUUGAGAACUGCCUCCACGAACGCACGCGUGGAUUCUCUGGCCAGGUGCUGCUGCAUGGAAGGGGUGUCAAGGCUUUCUUCGAGCCGCAGUUCCCGCACCUCAUGUUCAGGCUAGGCGUGGGCUCCAACUGCUUGGAUGCCACGCGUAUUUGUACCAUGUACGCCAAGCACGUCAAGGUGGAAGUCGAUCGCACGGGGCUCAUAGUCUCCGUACACGGCUACAACAAAAUGAUGGUCGGGAACGUUGUCUACCGUCUCUUCCGGUUGGUGGAGGCGAACCCGUAUACGCUCAAGGGAGGCCAUAUCGCAAAUUAUCCGAUCAAAAAGAAGACGCCUAAAAAGCGGUAG